AUGAUCGCCCACGCGUUCAUCACCCUCCUCUUCCUCCUCUCGGGCCAGUGGCUCGCCUUCCUCAUCAACGCCCCGCUCGUCGCCUACAACGUCAACAAGAUCAUGUCCAAAAACCACAUGUACGACGCGACGGAAAUCUUCCGCACGUUGUCCGCGCACAAGAAGGAGUCGUUCAUCAAGCUCGGCUUCUACCUCAUCUGCUUCUUCUACUACCUGUACCGCAUGAUUGUGGCUCUGAUUUCUGAGAGCGAUUAG